CAGACACCACACAAUGGUAGCAUUGUUCUGGCCUCUCAAAAAACAGAUGGUAAAUGCAGCAUAGAUAAAAGCAGCCAGAUAGUAUUUUAUGGUAAGAUAAAAGUUAAAAUGAACAGGACCCUCAAACUCAUGCUGUUGAUUGCUGUGAUAUGGGGCACUCUGGCAGCUGCUUUCUUGCUCAUAUUUCACUCUAUGUUUGUGGUCGAUAUACACUGGAAAGAGGACAAAUUACGUAACGAACGAAGAUUCAAUUUGAACCUAUUAACAGAGAAUGAAAACGAUCACACACCAAACGCUAUCACGAUUUUCCCCACACACAUGAGAACUGCCGUUAUGAAAUUAAGGUCACUCCCUGUUCACACACAAGACUUGCUAGCCAUGGUAUGUGCAGAUCCACAAUGUAUUGACCACUUAUCUGUAAAAGAGAGAUCAUUUUAUAACAAUUGCAAGGAGAAGACAAUCGCAAAGGAGACAAAAUUCGGGCCGAUUCUGAACACAAGUCAAUGUCGGUUUCAGAAUGGAACUAAUCGAUUUCCAGUAGCUCUGGCUAGCUUCCCGGGAUCUGGUAAUACAUGGUUGAGAGGACUACUGGAGAAGGUUACUGGAAUUUGUACAGGUGCUCUUUACUGUGACAGUGGCCUGCGUACUAAAGGCUUCACAGGAGAGGGAGUGCGCGGAGCAAGUGUCCUUGUCAUCAAAACACACGGCAAGGGAGCACUCUUCACAAAUAGGAAGCUCCCCAAAAGAAUACUCAAUGAUGCUCCGGUGUACGGUGGUGCCAUUCUCCUCGUGAGGAACCCUCGAAGAGCCAUGAUUGCCGAGUGGCAUCGAGAGAGAUCAAAGAGGCGGGUAAACUCCACUGUCAGCAACCACUACCUCUACGUGGGGAAAGAGUACUUUGGAGCUAAUGAGCUAUGGGACAAAUACAUUCAAGACAGAAUGGAAAGAUGGAAGUCUCACAUCAGUGGGUGGAUUGUAGAUGGAAAGUUUAACCCUUUCCUCGUCAUCAAAUACGAAGAUGUCAAAAAUAAUUCAGCUAAAGAGGUGUUAAAGAUGGUUAAAUUUCUUGGAUUUCAAGACCUGUUCACUGAAGGAAGCAUACAAUCUAAACUAAGGGAAGGAUAUAACAGUUUCUAUAGAAAUCAUGAAGACAAUUUUGAACAUUUUACAACUCAACAGAGCCAAUUAAUAUCAAGAACUGUUACAGAGACUAUGCAGUUGUUAGCUGAUAAUGGGAUGCAGAAUUCAUUUCCUAUCAAAGAUUAUGUUUAAUGCCUCUCCUUUAUUUAUCAUGUCUAUCAGAAAUGUUUGUCAUUAACUUUCAUUUUAGCA